GUAAAUACACAAGGUGAAAACAUUGCAGACAAUGGUGGCAUAAAAGAGGCUUACUUCGCAUAUAACGAAUGGGAAGGGCGCAAUGGACCAGAGCCUCGAUUACCUGGACUUCACUACACUUCUCAGCAAAUGUUUUGGAUUAGUUCCGCUAGUAUAUGGUGCAAUAAAUAUAGACCCGAAGCUCUUAAAGGUCGGGUUAUUGUGGAUGUGCACAGUCCCGGUGAGUUUCGUGUCAUUGGGCCCUUAUCAAAUAUGGCCGAGUUCUCUAGGGACUUCAACUGUCCCAGCGAUUCCUCUAUGAAUCCUACCAAAAAAUGUUCAGUUUGGUGAAGCUAAUAUUUAUUGUUGAACGAAGAAUUUGUUAUACACAUGUAUUAAUGUAUGUGUAUCCGAAUACAUGACUUAGAUUGAUAUAUGUCGUACUAAACAUUCGAUAGCAGCAUGUUUUA